AUGCCGCCUCCUAAUUUGAGCAAAAAUAUCACCUCGCUCCAAGGAGUCAAACUAACCGGGUCCUCUUCAAUAUGGGAUAUCAAUAUCGCCUACGAGUCUUGCACAGCUCAGGGCACUAUUGCUUCAGUCACCCCGCACGAGUCAUUGGAAGAUAAGACUCAAACGCCGCUUGUUCUACCAGCAUUGACUCACCCACACAUUCAUCUCGAUAAAGCAUUCGUCCAUAAUGCGCCCGAGUAUGCGCAUCUACUACCUUGCUCUGGUACUUUCCCAGAAGCCUUAUCUUUCACCACCAAGGCCAAGCAAAGCUUUACAUAUUCCGAUCUUCUCAAGAGAGGAGAGUGGCUACUAGCUGAAUCCGUUUCAUCUGGCGCCACAGCUAUGAGAGCCUUCGUGGAGGUCGAUCAUACUGUCCAGAUGACCUGCUUAGAUGCAGCCGUGACACUCAAGGAUCAAUGGAAGGAGGCAUGCCAUAUUCAGAUCGUCUGCUUUGCUCAAGAUCCCACUUUCUCUAGUGAAUAUGGAGGAGUAAAUAGACGCCUAAUCGAGAAAGCCCUUACGGAUUAUCCGCAGAUCGAUGUCCUCGGUACAACACCUUACGUCGAGUCCAGCGUCGAAACAUCGAAGCAGAAUAUCGAGUGGGCGAUCGAUCGCGCCUUAGAACUCGAUAAACAUGUCGACUUCCACCCUAGACUAUAA